AUGCGCCAAGCGUCGGGGUCGGGUGCGCGGCGCGAAGGAGGGCGCCUCGCGAUCCCCGUGAAUGUCGCGGACGAGGAUCUGGACGAGUACAUUGCCGAGAUGAUUCUGUCCGAGGCGCGGGCGAAGGAGCUCGCUUAUGAGCGCCGCAAUUCGGGGACUUGUACGACUUCCAAGGCGCCUGCACGCACCAACAAGCGGUUUCUGGCGUCGAUGAUACGCAGCGUCGACUCGCACAACCAGCGGCAAGAGGCACACGAGGCAGAGGUCGCACAGGCGCAGCGGCCGAGGGAGCGCGAGCUGCUUCCCAACCACGGGUCCCGGGGACUGCGCAUGGACCGUGCCGAGGCGCGAGCGGGCUCGCGUUGGGAUGUGCGGCCUGAGCGCGAGGGGCGCGAGCAGAGUGGCGAUCGCGAGCGCCGCGAUCGUCCCGAGCGAUACGACCGCGACCGCCACGAGCGCCCCAGCGGCAAUCGGUACGAGCGUCUACGGUCGGACCGCCACGCACGGCCUACACUCUACCGCACGCGCUCGCCGUCGCCCGAAAUUGGGCCGCAGCCUGCUGCUCCUGUGCGCCAGUGGGAUGUUGGCAAGGAUCUGUCGUUUUAG